UUAAAUUAGAGAGUAAACAACUCAUCAAAAGCAUAAGGAUCUCUUUGCUUUUUCAACCAUGUCCCCCCCAUGCAAAAGAGCGAAGAAAGAGUAGUGCAGGUGAUAGCAAAGCUGCAGCCCCAAGCCAUCCUCUUCCCUUCCUUGCCAAGCAAUCACCUCCAUAGCAAAUUAUCCUCCAUCGCAUCCUCCUCACCAAACACUCCUUGAAAUGGCUCUCAGCAACACCAUCAUCGCUGCCAUCAACUUCAUGGCCAUGCUGCUCUCCAUCCCGGUCAUUGCGGCCGGCAUCUGGCUCUCCACGCAAACCGAUAACUCCUGCGUGAAGCUCCUCCAAUGGCCGGUCAUUUCCCUGGGCAUCGUGAUGCUUGUCGUGGCCCUCGCAGGCUUUGUGGGCGCCUUCUGGCGCAUCCCAUGGCUCCUCCUCUUCUACCUCGUCGCCAUGCUUGUUCUCAUCCUUCUGCUUGCGAGUUUGGUGAUAUUUAUCUAUGCCGUCACCAACACUGGGGGAGCCCACCUUGCCCCAAGCAGAGCCUUCUUGGAGUACCGGCUCGAGGACUUCUCGGGAUGGCUUCCACAAAGAGUUGAGGGCUCACAAAAGUGGGAUCGGAUCAAGGCGUGUCUUAGCUCAACCUCUACGUGUGCUGAAUUGAACCAAACUUACAGAGAGGCCCAGGAUUUCUUCAACGCAAGGAUCAGUCCCUUGCAGUCAGGAUGCUGCAAGCCGCCAACCCAAUGUGGAUACACGUUCGUGAACCCGACAUAUUGGAUCAGUCCGAUCAGCAUUGCAUCCGACACGGACUGUGUACUGUGGAGCAACGAUCAGAUGCAGCUCUGCUACUCAUGCUCCUCGUGCAAGGCCGGCCUCCUCGCAAACCUUAGGAAGGAAUGGAGGAGGGCAGAUCUGAUCUUGGUGGUCGCGCUGGUGGCCCUCAUAUGUGUUUACUUGAUGGGCUGCCAUGCCUUCCGGCAUGCCAAGAACGACGAGCUUUUCCAGCGAUACAAGCAAGGUUACACCUAGUUACGUAGGGUUCGGGCUUUAUCUUUUGUGUAAAAGAAUGAUUGAUCUUCUUUUGCGACGUUGUCUGUUGGAUACCUUCUUGCAGAGAUAUCAAACCAUUCUGAGCUCUCUACUUCAUCGUCUGCACAGACCUCAAAGCGACUAUUGUGUGACCUAACAGUAGAUUCGUGCGGAGGAAGGUGAAUUCUUCUUUCGUACGAAAGAUACAACCCCAACCCUAGUACCUAAGAUAAUACAAUAUGGAAGAAGGAUUUUUGUGGGGCAGUGGUUGUUGUGUGGAUUGUGGUGGGAAGGGAAUAAAGGUGAUAUUCGGCCGAGAGAUUCCCUGAGGUUGCCGAAAGGUAAUGUAAAGAAGCUUGUAGAUGUGUUAAAAAAGCAGUCUGAGCAUAAGCAGGCAUGGAAUAUUUGCUUUACUUAUUUGAUUAUCACUUGGUUCUUUAGCUGGUGAUCUUUAAUCCUUGAGGUCAGAAUGUUUAAUUGCUUUUGCUGUGCCA